UAGCCGAGCCGGUUUAAAGGCUGCACCGCGCGGUUUGUUUGGGUGUUAGCAGUAAACUAGCUAGUUAGCACAGUGGAGGAAUAUAAUGUAAUUAAUGGGGUAAAAUUCAAUUAAACAAACCAAAAAAAAAAAACACUUUUAACCCCAGAUUACAGCAGGCAUGGAGGAGGAGGAGGAGCUGCUGGCCUUCAGGGCGCGGUGGAGGAUGGAGCUGGAGGAGAAUAAAACAGUUAAACAGGAGAAAAGAGAGAGAGGACUGGGCAGGACUGCAGUGGCUGAGAGCAGUAGCGGCAGUGCUGAGACUCAGGACCCGCAGCAGGACCCGCAGCAACCCCAGUACGUGUCCAUCGCUGCGGGGCUGCUGGACGGCAGGAGCAGCCCUCUGCUGGAGCGGAUAGCGGAGGAGAGGAGGAGGAGAAGCGGGAGGAAGAGACGCUGUGAGCCGGGAGGAGCAGGAGGAGGAGAGCAGGAGGAGAAGAAGCUCUCUGAUCAUCUAAAGAGAAGGAGCGAUCUUCUAGACCAGCUCAUUCAGGAUUUGAACGAGACCACUGACAUCCCUUUCUUUGAUGUGGAGUUGCCUUAUGAACUGGCCCUGAAGAUUUUCCAGUUUCUGAGCAGAACUGAUCUGGGUCGAUGUGCACAGGUGAGCAAGUUAUGGAGGAUGUUAUCGGAGGACGAGGUCCUGUGGUACAGGCUGUGCCUGGACGAGGGAUAUCACAGCGGGGCAAGUGUCUCUGACUCCCCCUGCUGGAAAAGCACGCUCAGAGACUGCUGUAACACAGAGAAGAUAGUGAAGUACAACUGGAAGAAUCGAGUUGGGUCAGUAAGUCAUCUACAGUAUGAACUGGGAAAAGUAUUGUGUGACGUCAGCUCCUGUGACGGACACGUCAUUGCUGGGUAUACCUCAGGUGAUGUUCGUCUAUGGAACACUCUCCACUGGGACUCUGGAGCUCUGUACCUGAAACCUGCCCACCACGCAAUGAGAGACGAUAACCCCCCGCCUCAUGUCUGUUUCGCUCGAGUCAAUGAGGGCGUGGCCUGUGCUGCGUAUGAGAACGGCUGUGUGGAUGUAUGGAGCACUGAAGCUGGUUUCGAGCCCAUUCAUCACUACCAGCACCUCCAGCGGGUCGAUGCUCUAGACCUGAGCCCCGACAGCCCAGUGCUGGCCACUGCGUGUGGGUCAGAGGUGCGGGUGGACUCCCCCGAUGAUGGAGGCUACUGGAGGACAAGGUGCCUCCACCACUUGCCUAAACCUGUGGAUGGGGUGUUGGUGGUCCCGGGGAAACGGGCGUUGCCGUUGGUUUCAGCGUGGGCUGGAGAGAACGUUUAUCUUCUGGAUUCAGGUCAGACGGAGGAAGAGCAGGAACAGGAUGAAGGAUCCAGGCUGCUACACUCGGUCUAUGGGCAGCCGGUUACCUGCCUAGAUGUGACAGCAUGCAGAGCAGCCCUGGGAGUGAAGAGCUGCGGCUGGGGAAUGAACGACGGAGGGAACAAGAUUAGAGUGUACAGUCUGGAGACUCGUCAGUCGGAGGUGAAUAUGGGGAACUCGCCAGGGGACUUCACCUGCAUCAAUCUCAGAGAUGCACCCCCACACCUGCUGGUGUGUGGGAACAAAGACAGGAGGGUCCGAGUGUUUGACCUGCGCACCGGCACCUCCGUGGUUUCCCUGUACGCCCAUCACUUGGGUGUGACCACAGUGCAGGCAGAUGAUUGGAAGAUUGUGAGCGGCGGUGGCGAGGGAUUGGUCGGUGUGUGGGAAAUGAGGAUGGGGGCAAAACUCUGGGAGAUGCACAACAGGCACCCUGUUCGCCACACGCGCUUCGACGCCAGCACCCUGGUGACUGCCAACAUCCCCGACGAGAAGAGCCCCCGCGGCGCCUGCAUCACCGACGAUGACCUCACUGCUCACCGCAGACAUCGGGGGGUGAUCUGCUACUACGACUUCUCUGUGGACUCCUCCACCCAGGACCACGUUCUGCCCAUCUGCAGGUCCAGCUACAGCGAGACCAGCGGCUACAACUACAACAUCGGCCUGGCCAUGCCUUACGACGCGCUGGCUGACCCUCACACGUCCAGACUAUGACCAAUUAUACCUCAGUUAAUAUGAUUGGCUGAGAGAUAUUUUAUGAGUGACGUUAUCAGCCGGUAAUGCACUGUAACUGUAACCGAAGCUCUCCAUGUAUUACUCUGCCACAUGCAGGUAACCUUCACAACGAUGCAGCGCUUACAAACCAAAUACAAACCAAAUAGGAUGUCAUUAUACACCACUGGGAGCCGCUGGAUACCAUAGAGGCACAGUGCAGAAACUCUAAGCCAUGUCUUCAAUAGGCGGCACAAACAAAGACGUCACAGGUCCACACAAAUAAAUAAAUAAAAGCCCAGCGACUCAAAAUUACGCAUUAUUAUACACACUAUCAUCCACUAAUAUCAGGUUAAAAGUUGUUAUUAUUAAAAUAAAAGCUUAAGUGAACAUAUUUUACAGUUAAUAUUGGGUAUUUUAAGCUGAAUGUAAGGUGGACUCUAGUAAUUCUUCAGGUCUCGCCGCUGGGGGUCGCCGAAGUAAACAAAACUUUAAUUCUUAAAAAAAAAAAAAAAAAAAAAAAAAAAAAAAAAAAAACAUUAUUUCAGUUAAACGAGCGCUGGACUUUAAUCUAAACAGAUUUCUCAGCUUAGAUUUCCACAAUUUUGACUGAAAUGGCCGAUAAUGCAGAGCUAUUUUAACUUUAAGUUUUUAUAACCAAACAGAUCGAAUUUUCUCAUCCUUUUUAAAUCAAAAUCUUUCAGUAAACAGUGAUAAUGGAACUGUGGUAUAAUCACAAUAAUACACUCAAGGUUCGUGCUAUAACAUGUAAUAUUGGCACUGCCUUCGACCACAUCACAGCAGUGCCAAUAUUACAUGUUAUAGCACGAACCUUGAGUGUAUUAUUCCUUAAAUUUAUACACUCAAUAUAUCACAGAGUCACACCCUCACAUAUCCAGACUGUGACCAACUAAUAAACACUCAGAGUCUGAGAGUCUGAGGCUCUGUAUGUUUCUCAAUGCUGCUUCUUCUGUUAAACAAUUUCCUGUAUUUAUUUUAUCUGGACGAAAAGAAAAUAUACUCAGAAAAUAUAAAAAAAUAUAUAUACAGGAAAACACAUGUAAAUUUACCUCUGUUGGUUUUAAAACAGAUACGUACUUGAAUUUACUUUCUAUUAAUUAUGUCUCAAUUUUUUUUAUAAAUCAUACAGAGAAUUGAGUUACUUUUUUUAGAUUAGGAUGUCCCGAAAACAACCUCUAAUCUGAUUCGGCUAAUUUUCAGCCCAGUUUUUUUGUUGCCGACGUCAUCAGAGCCGUUUCCUGAGAGUCUGACCACUCUCUGUUUCCCCCGUUACAUCAGGAAAUGACAGCUAAACACUAGAGGGUGCUCAUGAGUGAGUCCAUUAUGAAUGGGGAUAAAUGAAGCUACAUGCUACAAGAAAUUUAAAAAUCUAAUUAAAACUGAAAAUUAACUACUUUUUCUUGGUAUGACCUUAAUUUUAAAAUGUAGAAUAAUGUAUUUUACAAAAAAAAGCAUAGAAAUGUUUCUGUGUAUUUCAGUUUUUCUACAGUAAGCAGGUUUUAGGCAGUAAAGGCAUAAGCAUUACUGCUACUGUGAGCUGAUUGGUUGGUGAGCAAAUGCUGGAGCACUGAGUUUAACCCUUUCAGACCUGAAUUAACUCCAGUGAUAAAACAAAUAUAUGAAU